GGGGAAGGUACUGUACAAACGGUACAGCAAGCUGCUCAGACCCACACCUUAGCCCACCUUAGAACCCAGGCAGUUGACAGGGGGAAGAGGAAGGGAAGAAAAGUUGAAGUGACCUUGGCAGUGACUUGCGUUGGACCUGCGCAGGGAACUCGAUUUUGCUACGAAUGCCAUACCAGAAUUGAGAAGAGGGAUGUUCUUGGAGAAGUACAAGUUGGCCCCGGCGUUGUAUUCAAGGAUCAUCCCUUGUGCAUCAAUUGCCCCGUUUGGAAGUAUAGCACCAAUCAGAGUCAGGCUUGGCUUCAACGGCUGGACCAAAUUUUGGGCUAACCAGAAAACCUUUUUUUUAUUCCCUUCGAUUUUUAAGGGUCCUUCGACUGUGCUUCCGAGCUCCAUUCUCUCUUUUUAUUGCCGUUACCCAUUAUUACGCAAGAGGUUGCCACUUUCAAAUGUUAACAAAGCGACGAAUAGCUUGGAAGGUACUAUGUGUUCUUGUUUUGAGUUCAUACUAUUGUAUUCGUUAUUUAUUGUCCGAGGUUGCCAUGAUGGACAGGGUCGACUAGCAGCGGCAGCAAGAGUCGAAUAGUCGGUGGCAGAUUCGCAUGAUCUGUUUACUUUCGAGAUCGCGCCACAUGGGUAUAAACCUAGCAGAAAGAGGCGGUAAGCAGGAUGUACUUUGUAUAUCUGCAGGCAAUGCAUUUUGCAGGAAAUUUCGAAAAUAGAAGUGACGAAAAAAAAAAGGAAAGAGAAAAAAAGUUUCAACUUGGUGUGCUAGCAGGGGUAUAGGGGUAGAGCAGGGCAUUUAGUACAUAUAGCUACAUAUGUACAUGCGGUUAUGGGUUUUGGACAUUGGACUCUACAUACUAUGGUCCGAUGGGUAAGAAUUAGCACACUGUCAGGUAUUUGGGAGUUAUAUGGGGACAACCGGCCUUACCAAUUUGGUGGUAGCGUGUCCUAGUGCACCCCACGGGUACUUUCAAACCCCGAUUCAGAAAAUUAUUACUUAGUCAAUAUUUUGAAUCGUUGCUUAAAAAUAACUGCUGAUUAUAGAGGCCAUGCUAAAUAAUAUCUAUGGU